AUGAGGCCCCUGCUCUGCUGCCUGGGGCUGGCUGCUCUCCUGGGGCCCUGCCUGGCCUGUCCCAGUGCCUGCUCCUGCUCCGUCAAGAAGAACGGGCGGCUGUUGGCUGAGUGUGCCUACAAGGAUCUCCAGGAUGUACCCAAGGGCUUGUCCUCCAACGUGACCAUCCUCACCUUGUCGGCCAACAGGAUCGGUUGGUUGGGGCAGGGCUCCUUUGCCGAGGUUCCCGAAGUGCAGUCGCUGUGGUUGGGCUACAAUCAGAUCGGGGUGGUGGAGCCGGGGGCUUUCGCCUUGUUGGUGCACCUGAAGAACCUGGACCUGAGCCACAACAAGAUCGCAGAUUUCCCCUGGCAAGACCUCCGUAACCUCAGUGGGCUGCAGAUCCUGAAGAUGAACAACAACCGCCUGGCUGGGCUGCCCCGGGAUGCUUUCCGCUCCUUGAAGGACCUGAGGUCCCUCUGGCUCAACGACAACGAGUUGACCACCCUGGCCGAGGGCACCUUUGACAACCUGCCUUCCCUGUCCCAGCUGCAGAUCUUCAACAACCCCUUCAACUGCUCCUGCAAGGUCUUCUGGCUGAAGAAGUGGACUGAGAACACCUCAGUCUCCAUCACCAAGGGGGGGUCUACCCUCUGCGUGGCUCCCGGCAGGCUGAAGGGCAGGGCAGUGACAGACAUCCCCGACCACUACUGCGUUGCCCCUUCCGUGCAGCUCACUUACCUCUCCAACCUGGACAACACCGUCAUGUACGAUGGGCUCACCCUGACCCUGCACUGCAGUGUGGCAGGCAGCCCUCCACCGGAGAUCAGGUGGAGGAUCCAGACCUCCAGCCGCCGCGUGGAGAUCAAUGGGCCCAACGUGGCGCGGGAUGGGAAUGUCAAGCAGAGCAGAGAGCGCUUCUUGGUCUUCAAGAACGGCACCAUGGCCAUCCCCAACUUCAGCAAGGAGGAUGAAGGCAUCUACACCUGCCUCGCCGUCAACGAUGUGGGCACACGGGACGUCUCGGUCAACGUGGCCUUGGCUGGGUCGGAGAAUCCAGCUGAAGACCUGCUCCGAGAUGACCCCCAAGCUAGCCACCUUGGGGGUCGGAGCUGCUACAAGGGGGAUGAAAUGGAUCCCUCCAGUGCCGGAGAGAAGCUGGUGAUCGUUUACCACAUGCCAAGGGAGUCAAAGAGCAGGGCUGGAGGAGCGGUGCCCCAGGUCCCCCUGGGGACCCUCCUGCUGGCUUUGGGCAUCGCGCUCUGCUGUUAA